AUGGACAUCAGUCCCUAUGCGGACUCUCCCGGCCCUAAGGGGAAACCUCUUCCCACUCGACCUGUUGAGGUUGCCCGAGAUGGCCUCCGCUGCGACAAUAAAACCCUCUAUAUUCUUCGCGACGCGACAUUAAACUUUGCCGCUAUCAUCAAGUGGAAGAACUCCUUGUUAGCACACGAGAUCAGUGGCACACCUGCUGAGAUUCGGCAGCAGACCGGGCUGCGAAUCCGGGGCUGGGGCGAAAAUUGGAGGUUGUGCGUGGUAUUAGCUAUCCUUCAAGAAGUCAUGCAGGGAGUAGAUCUCAGCCAAGGUAAGAAGAUAUCAAACUGUGCUCUCCACCAUGCUAACCAUUCAAUAGUGAUUCGGGAAUACAACCAAUUCCUUGCGUAUAUUGUAGAUAGUGACCUAGAGGGGGCAUUUGAACUCAAGCCCCUCGUAAAUGGAGCUGAGAUCAUGCAAACCCUGGGCAGCCCACGAAAAGGGCCGUGGAUGAGCAAAGCAACGGCGUUGGUGAUGGAAUGGCAGUUGUUGCAUCCCGCGGGCGAUAAAGCGGCAGCGCUGGACGCGAUUGUCGACCGCCGCGCAGAGUUGGGCUUGUGA